GCAGCCACAGCUUCCCUGAGAAUUCCAGCCCAGCCCCUCCUCCCGGGGAAGGACGAUCCCAAUAUCCCAAUUCCCGACCUUUCCCUGCUCUCCCCCAGGGCCAGACCGUGGACGACAUUCCCAAGGAGGUGUUGAUAGACUGUGCCCACCUGGUGAAGGCCAACAGCAUCCAAGGGUGCAAGAUGAACAACGUGAGCGUGGUUUACACCCCCUGGACAAACCUGAAGAAGACGUCGGACAUGGACGUGGGACAGAUCGGAUUCCACAGGCAGAAGGAUGUGAAGGUUGUGACGGUGGAGAAGAAGGUGAACGAGAUCCUGAACCGGCUGGAGAAGACGAAGGUGGAGCGGUUCCCGGACCUGGCGGCCGAGCGGGAAGCGCGGGAUCGGGAGGAGCGCAACGAGAAGAAGGCCCAGAUCCAGGAGAUGAAGAGGAGGGAGAAGGAGGAGCUGAAGAAGAAGAAGGAGCUGGAGGAGCUGAGGAGCUACUCCUCCCUGAUGAAGGCUGAGAACAUGUCCUCCAACCAG